AUGCCUUUUGUAGACGAGAAGGCAAAGCGCGAGCGGAGGGAAAAGAUUCAGCGGAAUCGUGAGCGCAAAGCCCGUGCCCCCGACACCCGCAGCAGCUCCCCCCUCUCCGACUACCCCCACAAUCCUCUGCCCGACGCCUCAAACACGCAUGCCCUGCACCAGCAGACGUCGUCCUUCUACCCAAUGGUCAACGCAGACCCCUCCACACCGGGCUCCGCUGAGCAUCUCCAGCUGCCUGGAUGCCACAGCGUCUACCCACCUUAUCAGUCAAAUCACCCCCACCUGUUGGCUCCACCGUCAAAGACCUGUCCCGACACCGCGCUCUCGCCGGCUGAGGUCCACCACCAGACCUCCUACUCCCCCUCACCCCCACAUCCCCCUUCUCCCGUCCCACCAACCUCCGAACCCACUUUCAGUGAGUCCUGGCUGCAUUCGGCAAGUCAAAACCCCUCCGCCUCAUCUUCCACGAAAACUGGCGCCGAGUGUUUCUCUACGCUGCCCUACUACGUGAAAAGAACACCUAGGUCAACCGUGCCCGCAUCACAGUGCCAGCUGUCGCAGACAAACGGCGACAACAAUUCCGGUGUGAAAAAUGUCCUCGAUGGUCACGUGUGGACGUCGGAGCCGGAAGAUCCCUCGAACAAAGAGUGUAUUGCGCUGUGCCCUAAUUUCCUGAAGACGGGCAUGGCCCGCCUGCUGUCCAAACACCAGUGGACGGCGCUGAACGACCUCCGCAGCGCCUACGAGACCUCCUUCCUCGACAGCGCCUCUGACCACGCGCCUGAGAGCAGCUCAAAUCUCACUCUGAGCAGCCUCGUGAAUACGUCGGGUUUCCUUGUGCGGAAGUUCAUCAACUUUGCCAAAAAACUGGCCGAUUUCUCGGUGCUGGGUCAGGAGGGUCAGAUAUGCCUGCUCAAGGGUGUUGUCCUGAAUGCCCUCUUCAUUCGUUCGGCGAGCCACUACAACGUCGUCAAGGAUGUCUGGAUCACGCCUAAAGGCGAGAUUCCAACGCGGAUACUCAAAAUCGCCACUGGAUUGGAGAAUUUCUAUGAGGAACACGCAAAGUACUGCAGAAAGUUUGCCGACGUCGUGAAAAAGGACUCUCAUCUGGUUGCUCUGAUGCAGGUCCUCUGUCUCUUCGCCCCUGAUCGUCCUCGACUUUCCGAUCGGCAAUCGGUUUCCAACAUCUACGACCGUUACAUUCUGCUGCUAAAGCACUACCUCGAAGCCCGCCAUGGUUUCACUCUUGGUCGCACCCUAUUGGCUGCUGUACUGACCAAUCUUGCCGAGCUGCAGGCCCUGACAGACAACUACGGUCACAUUCUUCUUCACGUUGACCCCAGCAAGGUGGAUCCCCUGAUCCUCGAGGUCUUCAACCUCUCUGACAGGGAAAAAUGCGGCAAAGUUGACGAGGCAGCUGCCUCCAGCGCCUCAAGUGACAUGGCGUCAUGUCUGCCUCCGCUCCAACAGACCUCCGCCAAUUCCAGCGUGCAUAACGCCAGCAGGGAUGUCGAAUUCAAGCCAGAAGAGGCCUGUGGAGUUCAAACACCCCAGUUGGCCUCCAGUGAAGACCAUCCAGGCGCCAAUUCUGGAUCGAUGCUCACUGAGUGA